AUGGUUGCGGUGCAAUUAGCUGUCUUAAUGUGCAUGCUGCUGGCAGUUCCGGCAGCUAUUACGACUCAUGACAACACGAAUGAAUUACCGAAAUUCCUUCUUUCCUCCCCUGGGGAUUCUCUCACUUCGGGCCAAAGCUUAAUCAAACGCACCACAUCGUUCUCUUCUUGCACGGGCGUCUACGACCGCGAGCUCCUUGCGAGGCUCGACCGCGUGUGCGAAGACUGCUACAACCUGUACCGCGACGUCGGAGUGGCGGCCGAAUGCAGGAGCAACUGUUUCCACAACGAGGUAUUCCUGUACUGCGUCGACUACAUGUACCGGCCUCGCCAAAGGAACCAGUACCGGGCCGCCUUGCAGAGGCUCGGCAAGUAG